AAGUAGUCUCUGGUGGUACAUACAUCUAUAAAUGCAUCGGUUUGGGACAGCAGAAGGGGCGUAACGUUACGCUGUAGAUACUCGUACACAAGUCAUUUCAUCAUCACUUGCUCAGUGUAUUGGACGCAGACAGAGCGCUGCUCAGUCAAUUGACAUACAUGACGAUUAUCACUCUUUUGUCUUUCAAUUACCUGUAUAUCGCCUUGAUUAUACAUAUUUCAAAAAUCGUUUUUAUCAUUGCCAACGUUGCAGUGUGAUUGAGAGUGUUCUGGAAAUUCCUGUGUCGCUGUUAGAGCGUCUCUUGGAAAUUGGCUUUGUUCGCUCCGACAGCACACAGCUUUAUCAUCCAGAAUGGACCAUUUGGAGAAGGAAAAUAGGUCUGACGAAGAUUCGGAAUACGAAGAAGAGGAGGUGGACCCUAGAAUUCAGGGAGAACUGGAGAAACUCAACCAGUCUACAGACGACAUCAACAGAUGUGAGACACAACUGGAGGAUGCCAGGCAGAAGUUCCGCACAGUGCUGGUUGAGGCCACGGUGAAGCUGGAUGAGCUGGUCAAGAAGAUUGGGAAGGCGGUGGAGGAGUCCAAACCCUACUGGGAGGCCCGGAGAGUGGCCAGACAGGCUCAGCUGGAGGCCCAGAGAGCCACCCAGGACUUCCAGAGGGCCACGGAGGUGCUGCGUGCGGCCAAAGAGACCAUCGCCCUGGCAGAGCAGAGGCUCCUGGAGGAGGACACCAGGCAGUUUGACUCGGCCUGGCAGGAGAUGCUCAACCAUGCCACCCAGAGGGUGAUGGAGGCGGAGCAUACAAAGACGCGGAGUGAGCUGGUGCACAAGGAGACAGCAGCCAAGUACACGGCAGCCAUGGGCCGCAUGAAACAGCUGGAGAAGAAACUCAAACGCACCAUCAACAAGUCCAAACCUUACUUUGAGUUGAAGGCAAAGUACUACCUACAGCUUGAGCACCUAAAGAAGAAUGUGGAUGAGUUGCAGGCCAAGCUGAGCCAGGCCAAAGAAGGGUACAAGACAGCUCUGAGAAACCUGGAGAUGAUCUCAGACGAGAUCCACGAACGCCGACGCAACUCAGCCAUGGGCCCCCGGGGGCGGGGCGUGGGCGCCGAUGGCGACAGUGUCACCGUGGAUGACAUUGCCAGCUUCAAGAUAGAGUCAGAUGGCAUCUCCAUGACGUCCGAGUCGUUUGAGGAUGAGACCUGCAGCAGUGCCAUUUCAGAGGAGGACUCAGAGACCCGCUCCACCUGCAGCCUGGUCUCCUCCUCCCACUCCCCAAACAGCCCCCAGGACCUGCCCUCGCCCUGCCCCUCCUCUUCCCCUGCUCCCUCCUCACGCCCGUGCAGUCUGGACCUUCCCAGCCCAGUCUCGCUGUCUGACUUUGGCCUUAUCUCGCCUGUCCUGGGACCACGCAGCGAGUGUAGCGGGGCAUCAUCACCUGAGUGUGACCUGGAGAGAGGUGACCGAGCAGAGGGAGCGGAGGGUGAGCUGGACAAUACUGUAAACAACAACAGCACCACCGUACCAAACACCAACAAGACCACGGGCCUGGAGGUCCGCCUCAGCUUCCUGUCUCUUCGAUGCUCACGCAACGUCAACUCCAAGAACACCAAGCGCGAACGUCAAAGCCGUUCCCAGACCACCACCCAAACUGUGGUCCUGAUCAACGGGGUGUGAAGAGGAAAGCUAAUCCACAAGCUAACCCCAUCACCGGCUUUGUGUGCCAACAUGCUGUAUUACCAGUAACACCACACACACACACCAUCUAGUUCAUUCUACCCCAUUAACUAAUUAACUAAUACUGGCUAAGUGAAUAAAAAGUGGCUCAAUAUGAGACACUAUGAACUAAAUGGUCAGUGUAUAUACAGUUCCUAUGGAUCAUGAUGAUGAAGAGACUUAAGACCCAACCUUUGACAUCCCACCCAUAGCUUCCUCAGUCAGAUUGGCUUCCCAUAAUUCCCUAUUGAACUCCACACACAUUAAGGACCGUGCUGGCUAUUGCCCUAUGGGUGGGGGCCCAUGGUAUAUGAGGGGAAAUGGGAUAAACAGUGUUGUUGUUUUUACUGUGAUAUUCUCCCUGAGAGGGAGCUGCACUUCCAGACAAGAUGUGAUUCUGUUGUUCGUAAAUGAAAGAAUGCACUCCUAGCUUCGACUAUUAGAAAUGGGGAUUAUUUAUAAAACUUGAUGCCACCUGUUUUACCAAUACAGAAAAUAGUAAAAUACACAACAUUGACAGCAAUCUGUGUUAUGCUUUUGUAAACGAAGAGCAUGCAUGAGGCCAGGAUUUAAAGUCAGGAUUUAUAAAAAGGAACAAGUACAUUUACGGAGUUGAAGUUUUUUGAAUAACCCUCAUGAUAUUACUCUGCAAUAUCCUCUCACAGAUAGUUGAUUUUUGAAUGCUCUCACCAUUAUGUAAUCCUGUGUAAGGCAUAUAGAGCCUAUGGCAACUGCUUCAUGUUACCAUGGAGACCAAACACACACUACGAUCCCCUGGCUGGCAUCUCUUCGGACAGCCCGUGCAUUUGUCCAAUAGGGGUCUUCAGAAUUGGACUUAAAAGAACUGUAUUCUAUUGCUCAACUCACUUCCCAGUGAUCUGUGAAUCCAUCUCGCUGACAGUACACAUAAAGCUGGACUUGGAAUCGAUUCCAAGAGUAGAAUAAUUGUGUGGGGUGAGGCUACAGUAGAUAUAACCUCCCCUCCUCUCUUCCUCCUGGCUCCCUCCAUCCUGUGGUUCAUCGGCACCACACUGAUGUGGUGCCAGGGAAAUGGGCCCCCAGACACUGUCAACCAUCUAGUUCUCUUUCCAUCCAUCUCCCUGUCAUGGCAUCCCCAAUGGCCCCGUACUGAGGGACAACGUCCACCCACGGACAGUAACACUAAAGAACUGAGCAAUAGCGCAAGGACAGAACUUUAGAUAACAACAUCUGCCCAUGGACACUAUCACAUAGAGUUCCCUGUAACGGAAUGAAAAUGGCCAGCCAGGUAAUUCUCCGAAUCUGAGGAUGGUUUUUGUUUUGGACCAAUAUUGAGGAGAAAGUGAAACUGGAUGACAAUGAAACUGAUGAUGGUGAAGUAUGACGAGGUCUUUUGUGGAAACUGACAGGAUAGUUGAUAGUGUUGGAUUCUGGUGGACAGUAUCAGCUCCUGUAAGUUGUAGAUCCAUAUUGGCUAAAGUGGCACACAGUAGACUGUCAGAUGUUUGAGGUCUCGUCGUCUGUCUCAAAUAGUGUUCAAUUGGCUUCCUCUCCUGGUCUCCUUAUGCUCCAUGGCCACAUGGGGAAAGGUAUUUGGUCACCGAGUUAUGAGAAAAGCAAGCUAUUGCACAAGCGUAUGCAGUCUAUUUGUUAUUGUGAACGCUCCAGUCUAUGUAUGUACCGUACGUGUACAAAUGUAAUGUUGUAUCGAUGUUUAUCUGUCACCCUCCGCUGUGGAAUAUAAGGAUAUGACCAUGAACAGUACCUGUCAUAGCCGUUUUCUUCCAUUAUGUUAGAGUAACUUUCCAUUGUGUCUUCACAGUUUAAUGUGCCUGUUUUCUGAAAAGAAUCCAUUAAAAGUGAUGUUCACUGCA